AUGCUCGGGCUUUGCAUCAGUCGCCAAAGUUACUGUCCGGCCGGGCCGGUUCGUCGGUCGGGCAGACGAGCAAAGCGACCGGUGAUGAGCUGUUGCCAGUCCGAGGGUCGCAGCGGCGGUCAGACCGAGCGAGUAGGGCCGGGCCGGGCCGGGCCGUUCCGGUCGGUUGAGGUGAAUUGUCGCCGUGUCAACGACAAGCCUGUAGACGUACGAGAUACAGUGUUCGGCUGA